UACGAAAUAUUCUUCACGAAGAAAAUGAAAAAUCUAAUUAUUUUUUCCAUUUUCAUUGGAGCUGUUUUUUAUGCCAAAGGACAAGAACUGCCACCACCAUCAGUUGAUGAUAAUGAAUGUACUUACACUGGAGUUGAUUGUCCUGAUGUACCUUGUUGUUUCCCCGGGUACAAAUGUAGAUUAGCAGGACUAAGCAAAUAUAAUCCAGCGUUUUCUACACUUUCAGGAAGUUAUAAUAAAACGUGGAUGUGCCUGAGUGAAAUUAAUUUUGGAGAUCCAUGUCUAUAUGAUGAAGAAUGUAUGCAUAUAGAAAACGCGAAAUGUAUCGAAUUAACAUGUCAAUGUGAAGAUAAGUCCUUUUUAUAUUAUCCUGACGAUCAAGAAUGUCACUAG